AUGACACAAAUUGGCCUUCAGACCGCCGAGCACGAGGAAAUUCUAAACCUCAUCGACACUCUGCGGUUCCAAGGCAUCAGUCGUUAUGUUGAUCUGCCCCAGGUUGUUGUCUGCGGUGAUCAAAGCUCCGGCAAAUCAAGCGUCCUAGAAGCCAUUUCGGGCCUCCGCUUUCCUACCAAAGACAACCUCUGUACCCGAUUCGCGACUGAACUUAUCCUAAGACGUGGUCCUGCUCCCAAAGUUGUGGUCACUAUCAUCCCCCAUGCCGACCGUACGGAGCAGGAUGCCGAACGCCUCUCGAACUUCAUACCUCCAUCGACCUCCGUCGCCGACUUUGCAGACAUUGUCAAAUCCGCCGAGAAAGCAAUGGGAUUGGACAACGACAACACCGUCUUUUCCACAGACAUCCUGAGAGUCGAGCUUUGUGGUCCACGCCAGCCAAACUUGACCCUUGUUGAUCUCCCCGGCAUCUUCUGGGCGGGCAAUCGUUCUCAGUCAGACAAUGAUGCCGAACUGGUACAAUCUCUCGUCAAGUCAUACAUGAAGAGUAAGAGAAGCAUCAUAUUAGCAGUCGUGUCAGCCAAAAACGACCUGGCAAAUCAAAUCAUCACCAAGCUCGCGCGCGAAAUUGACCCCAGAGGCCAGCGGACCCUGGGCAUUAUCACCAAGCCAGACCUGCUAUUUGCUGGAUCUGACAGCGAGGCUGCCUUUGUAGAACUGGCGAAGAACGAGGAUGUCUACUUCAAACUGGGAUGGCAUGUUCUCAAAAACCGCGACUACGAUACCAAAGACACAACUUCUGCCGCGCGAGAUGCUUCCGAGAAAGAGUUUUUUCAAUCCCGUGUGUGGUCCUCGGCGCUGCCCAGCAGCCAACUUGGAAUUGAUAACCUGCGCCCCCGACUCAGUCGUGUUUUGCUCGGUCAAAUUCUAACAGAACUUCCUUCCCUGGUACGAGAUGUCGAGCGCGAAUUGACGCUCUGCAAGGGCAAGUUGGCGGCUCUCGGUGUUCCGCGGGGGUCACUCCUUGAACAACGCACUUACCUUUUCCACGCAAGUCAGCAGUUUGUUGAUCUCACCAAGUCUUCCGUCCGUGGUACAUACGAGGAUCCAUUUUUUGGAAGCGCAGAUACCGACAAGGGCUACAACAAACGUCUGCGAGCUGUUGUUCAACACACGCUAACUACCUUUGCUACGAGAAUGCGCGCAGAAGGUCAUGCCCAAGAGAUUGUCGACAAAGCAAUAGAUGCACAGUCAGAGAGAAAAUUCGGUCCACAACUAAUCUCUCGCAAGUCGUAUCUCGAUUCUGUUGAGGCGCGUAUGCGUCGUAACCGAGGUCGUGAACUCCCUGGCCUCUUCAACCCCUCUAUUGUGGACGAGUUGUUCUUUGAUCAAUGCAGACCGUGGCAACAUCUGCUCCACAAGACGGAGGAAAAACUGGCCACCGCAGCAAGAACGACAGUCGAACUUGUGGUGGGGCAUAUCUCUGAUUCUGUCACUGGGGACGGCAUUAUGAGAUUUCUCAUCCGACCCAACCUAGAGGCCAUUGUCACUAAGCUGCACAAAAAGACCGAGGAGGUGCUCAAACCACACAUGAAGGGCCAUGCUAUCACAUACAAUCACUACUUCACCGAAAAUCUGCAGAAGAAGCGGCGCGAUGCAGAGCGAGAAGGCCUGGCAGAGAAAAUCCGCGCAUUUUUUGGCGGAGGCCUAGACCCUACUUCGGACAACUCGGAAGAGAGAAUGUUUCACUUUGCCACAGACACAGGAGCCCUUCUAACAGCUCUACUCCAAGAUACAGAGUCGGAUAUGUCUAGAUUUGCAUGCAUUGACGCGACGGAUGCCAUGGAGGCUUACUACAAGGUUGCGCUGAAGUCUAUCAUCGACUCCUUCGGGGUGUAUGCCGUGGAACAAUGUCUUCUCAAUGAACUCCCAGAAACCUUCAAGCCAGAAAUGGUCUUCCAACUAGAUGAUGCUAUGGUCACCAGGAUCGCGGGCGAAUCUCCAGAGUCGCAAGCCGAACGGGAAGAGCUCAACAAGAAGUUGAAAGUGCUUGGGGAUACCAUGACCACCUUGAGACGCUUGAGAACAGUCGGAAUAUCCACAGGCGACCAGGUUUCCGAAUCCAGCCCGACCCCUGAAGAAAAGGAGGAGGAUGAUUGGACUCUUUGA